AUGUUUACAUAUAUGGAUUUGCAAAUGCCUCUGGAUGUCUUGUUGCCAUUGGAACUCUUCGAAAUGACCAGUUUGGUAUCCCUCGAUGUGGCCGCCAAUCACUAUCUCUCGGGAACCAUUCCCACACAGCUGCAAUUCAUGACGCAACUCACAUCACUUCGACUCAACAACAAUGUUCUGACAGGGCCCAUCUACAGCGAAUUGGGGUUGUUGACGCAAUUGGCGCGCUUGGAAUUGUAUGCCAACGAUUUGACUGGAACCCUUCCAACAGAACUUGGUCUCUGGACAGGCAUGCGAAAUUUGGCUCUGGGUCCGUCCCUCCUCACAGGUUCCGUCCCUAGCCAAGUGGGCCGUUUAUCCAACCUGGUAAAACUUUUCUUGCAAGAAAGCACCUUGUCGGGCAACCUCCCGAGUGAGUUGGGAUUGUUGACAGCCUUGACGAGGCUGUGGAUCCACCACAAUCACGUCGGUGGUCCACUCCCCACAAUGCUGGGUCCAUCGCUCCAACAGUUGUGGCUCCAACAUAAUCAAUUCACAGGUCCGAUGGCCAUUGGCUGGUGGCCAUCGCUCUACGAAUUGCAAAUGGGAAACAAUCUGGUUUCGGGGACCAUUCCCUCGGAGCUGGCGUUGUUGUCCAAUGUGCGAGAACUGGAGAUGUCCAAUUUGACAAAUCUAGAGGGAACCAUUCCACCCGAGAUGGCGUCUUUGACCUUGUUGGGACACUUUGACGUGAGCGGCAGCUCUGGGAUUGUCGGAACCAUUCCACCCGCCUUUUGCAAAUUUCAGCAGAACGCGUCGUGCACAUACCAGUCCAAGUUUGGUACAAACAAUUGUGUUUUGGAGUAUGAUUGUUCCGAUAGGUUGUGCGGAUGUAGCUGUCCUUGCUAA